UAUCACACUCUACCUAACAAAAUUGAGUAGGUUCAUAAUCUAACAAAUACUAAAAUAUACCCUCAGUCACAUAUGUUUUUCCCAUUUCCGUGCGGACUGCAAAAUAUCAAACAGGGAGACAAAUGAGCACUCUGACGAUGGCAACAACAAGCGCUACUUCUCUUCCUAAUGUUCGGUGUGCGGAUUACUGUCGAUUGCCCAGUUUCUUGAAGCGGUUCUCAAGAUUUUGAAACUGCGAAAGCAUUGUAAGAAUGCAAUUUUCUCUUCUCUGCAAGUGUAGAUAUAUGCUCAAAUAUCAAACUUCAUUUUUGCAACUGCAUCGCCUUCCAGCACAGUGGGUGAGAGAGUAUGGGAAUGACCUCCCACUCCAUUGCACACUCUCCAUGGAAAAUGGAAAACGGUGGGUAGUGACGAUGAUAGAAUUUGCCAAUGGUUGUUACUUCAUGUCUGGAUGGGAGGAAUUUGUGAAAGAUAAUUAUAUAUCACACGGGGACGCCCUAACGUUUACUCAUAUUGGAGCCGGAGAAUUCCACGUGAUGCGCUACGACUCUAAGAAUGGUUGCCCUCACCGAGACGAUUGUAAUGUGUGGGAUCCCUCAUGGGAAGGACCAGCCAAGGUAGAGCCUGAUUUGGACACCUCAGACGACUACGAGUCCUUCGAAGAUGAGUUGUCGGACGACUCUGGAGCGGUACAUAACCCAACGCAUGAGGUAUUGGGGAUGGGAGUGAUUCCACAGUUUAGUGUGAUGCUCAAGAAGACCAAGUAUGAGCACUCAUUAUUGCAGAAAUUUCCAUCGGGUUUCUGUAAGAAACAUCUUUCUAUGAUAUCAUCGGCAUGCAUUGGGGCAUAUUUUACAGUGGAGGAUCAGACUUGGCAGAUGGUGCUCCGCAACAAGAAUGGCAAGAUUCGCACUAAACGUGGGUGGAAGCGAUUCAUGACCAAUAACCGUGUUCGAGCAGGGAUGCGUUGCACCUUUCAGUUAAUCGACGUUGAUGAGGUGCAAUUCUAUGUUACCUUUGAACUUUGAUUUGGUGGUCUAAUGUUAUGCCUGGUUCCUCUUUUGACUGAUGUUGCUUCAUGAAACCAUUACGUUUUGGGGUUUACUUGGAUUUUUCUUAAGACUUUCAUGAAAGACUCUGUUAUUGUAUGCUUAACCUUCACAAAUGUGUGAGCAUUGGUGCAUCAUUUCUGUCGCUGUUGUAGUGUCUAUUAUGUCAAAGUUUGGUGAUGAAGUGAAUAUUAUCACUAUAUUUUGUAAGGUGAUGUAAAAUAGCUAAUGAACUAAUAUCUAUUAGAAAUCUUUGU